GCCGGAGAAAGAGGGCAGGACCAGAGUUAGUAGAGGCUGAGCUGUGAGGUGUUGCUAGAAACAGAAGGGCUGUUACAUACGGAUAAUAUCAGCGCAGAGAGGCUUAUUUUACUGUAGCAAUACCUUUUAGGCAGCACUGCACAUCACUGGUUGCCACUGGGAUCUUUCUUGUUGGGGAGUACAGGAUCAGAAGCAGCAAAUGUUUCCGGUCAGGCAGCCUUGGCUUUGCAAAGCCUUAGGUUGUUAUGAUUGCUGUAUCCGGUGCAUUGGGGCAGUGCCCUACCCAUCCCUGGUGGCCACCUUGCUGUGCUAUGCUGGCAUGGCAUUAUUUUGUGGCUGUGGGCACGAAGCGUUGACCCAAACCGAAGUCCUGGUCGAGACGUACUUCGCCCGCAAUGUUCAGGACUUUGCGGUCAUGGCCUCCUUCAUCAAAUACUUCCAGUACGUGAUCUAUGGCCUGGCAUCAUUUUUCUUCCUGUAUGGUAUCCUGCUUCUGGCUGAGGGUUUCUACACCACGAGCGCCGUCAAGCAAACCUUUGGUGAAUUCAGGAGCACCCAAUGUGGACGCUGCCUCAGCCUGACGUUUAUCAUUGUGACGUACAUCUUGGCCUUCAUCUGGCUGGCAGUGUUUGCCUUCACUGCUAUCCCAGUCUUCUUCUUGUUCAACAUGGAGCAAACCUGUCACACCAUCAACAUCCUGGCUGAAACAACCCCCAGCAUUAAUCAGCACGGCUGGAUUUGCAUGGAUGCCAGGCAGUAUGGUCUGCUCCCUUGGAAUGCAAUGCCAGGCAAGGCUUGUGGAAUGUCCUUGGCGUCUAUUUGCAAAAGCAGCGAAUUCUAUGUCACCUAUGACUUGUACAUAGCUGCAUUUGCUGGUGCUGGGAUCACUCUCUUAGCACUGUUUAUGUAUAUGAUUGCCACCACCUACAACUACGCAGUGUUGCGGUUCCUGGGCAGGAAAGGGAUCCGCUAAGUGCAACACGUCCAUUCCAGUCAACUUUCAUCCUUUCACCAUGAGAUGGACAGUCAAUACUAGAUUUCCAUUUAUCCUCUGGGAAACAGCAACCUCCAAACUCGGAUCACCUGCUACAGUUUUUCUAUAGACGUGUCCAAUAACAGACAAAUGUUCCUCAUCAUUUUUUUUUUUUUAUAUGAACAACAGACAGAGAGAUGAAGAUAAUUCACAUUCAUCAGCAAAACUCUGGUCUCCUCUUCAGAUCCUCCCCUCAGAUGAUUCUCUUGGCUUUGUUGUUCAUUUUUCCUCUCGCAAGUUGCAU